UCAUACACCACACUUCGCACGGUGAGGACUGUGACUCCAUGUCUGUGUGAGGGAGGAUGCUCAGAGCGAACCCAACCUCUCCAGACACCAGGAUGAAGUAACAGUCUGCGCGUUGUUCUCUGCUCUGGAUGCAACUGGGAUGUAUUUUGGAAGCGGGGUCGGGCAGCAGCGACCCACCAGCAUCACCGCCACUGAGUCUGACAUGAAUGACAAGUAAAAGAGCUCCUUUUUUUUUCUUUUUCUUUUUUCUUUUUUUUUUUUCUCCUUGAAGCAGCACAGGAAUGUGCACAGGGCUGCGCUCAGGCUCCUCACAGCGACAUAUUGGACCUUUUGGACCUACCUCGGUUUGUUUGUAAACAGCCAGCAGAGAAGAAUUUAAAGAGUCCGCCAAUUUAUUUUUGAUUUAUUUCUUUUGUUGCUUUUACCUAUUUUAUCCUUUUAUUUUUUGUGCGUGUGUUGCUAUUUUUGAGUGGGAGUUGGUUUGUUGGGAGUGUUUCUCUUUUGUGAAGACAAACUUCUACCAUGGCACUGAUUAUGGAGCCUGUGAGCAAGUGGAGCUCCAGUCAAGUGGUUGACUGGAUGAAAGGCCUGGACGACUGCCUGCAGCAGUACAUCAAAACCUUCGAGAAGGAGAAAGUAGGGGGCGACCAGCUGCUGCGUAUCACCCACCAGGAGCUGGAGGAUUUGGGAGUGUCCAGAAUUGGACACCAGGAGCUCAUCCUGGAGGCUGUGGACUUACUCUGUGCUCUGAAUUAUGGCCUGGAGACUGAGAAUCUGAAGACGCUGUCUCAUAAGCUCAAUGCGUCUGCCAAGAACCUGCAGAACUUCAUCACAGGCCGGCGGCGCAGCGGCCACUACGACGGCCGAGCCACCCGCAAGCUGCCCAACGACUUCCUCACCUCUGUGGUGGACCUCAUCGCUGCAGCCAAAAGCCUCCUGGCCUGGCUAGACAGGUGCUCCUUCUUUUUCAGAUCUCCAUUUGCUGCAGUGGCUGAUUACUCGGUGACGAGGAACAAUGUGAUCCAGCUGUGUCUUGAACUCACCACAAUUGUACAACAGGACUGCUCUGUGUAUGAAACAGAAAACAAGAUCCUGCAUGUGUGUAAAACUCUGUCUGGAGUGUGCGACCACAUUAUCUCUCUGUCCUCGGAUCCCAUGGUGUCACAGUCUGCACAUUUGGAAGUCGUGCAGCUGGCCAACAUAAAAUCCACUGAAGGCUUGGGCAUGUAUAUCAAAUCAACAUAUGAUGGUUUGCAUGUCAUCACUGGGACGACAGAAGGAUCUCUGGCCGACCGCUGCAAGAAAAUCCACGCUGGAGAUGAAGUCAUCCAGGUCAAUCAUCAGACAGUGGUGGGCUGGCAGCUGAAGAACCUGGUGAACUUGUUGCGUGGGGACCCGGCAGGGGUGACCCUGACGCUGAAGAAACGCCCUCAGAGCACGCUCACAUCGACCCCUGCGCUGCUCAAAAACAUGAGAUGGAAACCACUGGCUCUGCAGCCAAUCUUCCCUCAGAGCCCCAGCAGCAGCGUCGCGACGCCCACCAGCACUUUAAGCACUCCGUCCAGGAGGAGUAGCUGUGCCCUGCAGGACCUCUUCAUCCCGCCUCCUCCAGCAGAGCCCUACACCCCCAGAGAUGACAAGGGGAAUCUGCCAGAAGACGAUCCUCAAACGGACAUCCAUGUCGCUGAAGGAUCUGAGUCACCAAACUCCUACCUGGACCAGGAAUGUCGACGGCGAUUUCCCCUGGUGGAGGAGGAUGCUAUACUGUACUGCUACGAGUACGACCAGAACCAGGAGGUGUCAUCGGUGCGCAGGGGCAGCACUCCCACCUAUAGCAGGCUGAGGCCCAUCUCCAUGCCGGUGGAAUACAACUGGGUGGGAGACAACGAAGACCUGGCCAAGCUGAGGAGAGAGAGCAGGAGAGAGAAUUCCCUGCUGCGGUUUGCGAGCGAAGACAAAUCCUCGGGGGAGAACUUUUUACUGGGCCGCAGCCUGAGUCAGAACAGGAGGAAGACUGAGCGAGGAGCCAGUCCCACCCAUUACACCCUCGUCCCCGCCCUGCAGAUGGAAGUGUCCCUGUCCACGUCCAGCUCUGACUCUGCAUCCCUUUAUCACGUGUUUGAGCGAUCUUCACUGCUAUCCAGGUCAAAGAAGAAGAGUAAAGCUGGAAGUCCCAUGUCUUCAAUCAGCAAGCGACGGAUUUCCUGCAGGGACUUGGGUCAGGGGGACUGUCAGGGCUGGCUGUGGAAAAAGAAAGAUGCGAAAACCUAUUUCUCACAGAAGUGGAAGAAGUACUGGUUCAUCCUGAAAGACACUUGCCUCUACUGGUACAUGAACGAAGAGGAUGAGAAGGCCGAGGGCUUCGUCAGCCUCCCUGAGUUCAAGAUUGACCGUGCGACUGAAUGCAGAAGGAAGUUCGCUUUCAAGGCUUGCCAUCCGAAGAUAAAAACCUUCUACUUUGCUGCGGAAAAUGUAGACGACAUGUCCCGGUGGCUCAGUCGUCUCAGUAUGGCGGUGGCAGGCUACUCCGAGCAGGAGAAAAUGCACCAGGACCAAGAUUACUGGAGUGAGAGUGAUCAUGAGGAGAUGGAGAUGCCCUCAAUGCCCAAACAGGACAGUCCACCACCACCAUAUGACACCUAUCCCAGAGCGUCCUCAGUGAGUCCCUACCUGGAACCCAAACGUGGCCAUCUCUCCUCCUCCGACACUUUCCAGUCUCGUUCCUCUCAUGACGAGUUCCACUCUGAGCCUCAGGAAAGCAGCAGCAAUAACGGCGUCUCCCCCGGGCCGAAGACGAGCAGCCACCGAAACUCGUGGCAGGACCAGAUGGACAGCAGCACGAGGAUGCACUACCUCCAGACGUUUCCCAUGGAGGAAUCCCUGCUAUCUGAGGACAGGGACCAACUGGCGAUGGAGUACCGCCGGCAGUCCACUCUGCCAGCACAGCGCAGCCUGCUGCAGGAGCAGUACAGAGCGCUGCCGCUGCCCCUCAGGACCAGUAUGGAUUCAGAGGCAGGAGGGAAACCCCGCAGCUUCACUCUUCCCAGGGACAGCGGGCUGCACGCCAUCCUGGCUGCUGCAUCGGACCAGAGAGAACCUCAGCACUACCAGCUGGACCGUGGUAGAGACGCAGGUCCUGGACGAGACUGCAGGCUGCAGACGGACUCUCUGGUGGAUCUGUACCGAGCUCUGGAGCAGACCAAUCUGUCCAGCUCUGCUGACCACAGAUCAGCCAGUCGCCUGGAGUACAAGCGCUCAUUUGUGCGCAGAGUCAAUGACCCCCUGCUGAAUGACAAGCUGCACCGCCUGCGGAUCCUCAACAGCUCACUGAAGAAUGUCCCUCUUCAAGACACAAAUCGGUCGAUGGGUUUUUUAGGGUAACCUGUUGAGGAUCAGUGUGUUGGUAACACCUCGAUCGUAUUGCCUCUGCCUGUGCCUCGCACUGCCAGCAUCCCGCCUGCUGGAGACAAGAGGCACCAAAAACCAUCUUUUACCUGCUCGGUUCUCCUUCUCUUCUCCCUUUACUUAAAGUUCACUGACCGUGCAGGAGCACAAAGACUUGGUGUCCUUCUUUGCCUCAUCUCUCUCUCUCUCUCUCUCUCUUUUCAAGAUGAGGGCUGGCUGUAAUAAAAGGCAAAUAAGAAAAGAUGCCUGGUUGGGUGAAAUAACUUAUAGACUUACAGGGUUUAUGGCAAACAAGCACUUUGUGUCCGUGUCAAAGAUUUGUCGGAGAGCUUUUGAAAUUGUCGCUCGCGUGCAUGGCCACCUCCCCUUGCUUCUGUUGAACGGUUUUCAACAUUAUGCUGGAGUUGUGUACAGCCGCUCAGAUGUGCACAACAUUUUGUUAUGCAUGUGUGUUUGGUUCAUGGGUACGUUUGUUCUCUGAGUGUACAGGGUGUUAAGCAUAUACAUGUAUAUAUAUAUAUUUAAUAUUACAUUACAACAACAGUGACUACACAAUGUUUUUGGGGUACUUAUACAAAUUGUACAUCAAGUGCUGUGCCUCAGUGAUAGUGAAUGUAAACUGUACUUUUUCCAGGAGAGUUGAGAGAAGAUAUAGAAAGCAAGCUACUCCUCAAACCAGAGGCACAAAAAUAUAAUGCUUGGCAAUAAUGAACCAGUACUGUAAAUUACAAAGGAACGAUCAGAAUAGUUGUCUAUUUUUGUAUGCAUGCCGUCCACCUGAUUGUUUGUAAAACGGUUUUGUAUUUCUAAGUGCGUUUGGUCCGGAGAAUACUGGUGUCACACCCUCACCUCCACCCGACUCCCCUCACCCGCCCUACAAGCACACAGCCACCGCAGUGUAUUUUUAAUUCUUCUUCUACAGAUUAUCCCAGAAAAACUGAAUGAUUUUUCAAAGUGUUCACCAUAAAAAGAGGAAUAGCUGUAUUUAUUAAAUGUUUAAUGUACAAGCAUGCUUUGUAAGACUAAAACAUGUUACCAUGCCAUUCGACUCACAUUGCACACCUGUGCCAUAUUGUAGCUACAUUACUUUUUUUUAUUAAAUAAAGUAUGGUAUGGGCACACGGAA